CGUGGUUGCUAGUCAACUCAUUCUAAUCAGUUACAGACAGAAGAACGCACGCUGUGAACGAUACUUCUUUUACAAACGUAUUUCACAACGCUGAUUUCUGCUAAAACUGGAAGUGAUGGGUAGCAAUUGUUUAGUAUCCGGCCCACACUUUGCUAGAAUGGAAAGCCAGCAGAAUCCUCUGAAGAGGAUGGAUCUUGCUCCAGAACAACCAGAGCUCCAGUCCAAGGAGAAGCCGGUUAAAAAGAGGAGAAGAAUGACAGAAGAGAAGGAUGUGAAGACUGAAAAGACAGAGACCUGUGUAGAGGCACCCUGCUCUGUUAAUAGAAGAGUAAGCAAGGUGAAUCCUUUGAAGAGGAAAAGGAUGGAUCUUGCUCCUGAACAACCUGAACUCCAGCCCAAGGAGAAGCCGGUUAAAACGAGGAGAAGAAUGACAGAAGAGAAGGAUGUGAAGACUGAAAAGACAGAGACCUGUGUAGAGGCACCCUGCCCUGUCAAUAGAAGAGUAAGCAAGGUGAAUCCUUUGAAGAGGAAAAGGAUGGAUCUUGCUCCUGAACAACCUGAACUCCAGCCCAAGGAGAAGCCGGUUAAAAAGAGGAGAAGAAUGACAGAAGAGAAGGAUGUGAAGACUGAAAAGACAGAGACCUGUGUAGAGGCACCCUGCCCUGUCAAUAGAAGAGUAAGCAAGGUGAAUCCUUUGAAGAGGAAAAAGAUGGAUUUUGCUCCUGAACAACCUGAGCUUCAGCCCAAGGAGAAGCCGGUUAAAAAUAGGAGAAGAGAGACAAAAGAGAAGGAUGUGAAGACUGAAAGGACAGCGACCUAUGUAGAGGCCUCCUGCUCUAUCAAUAGAAGAGUAAGCAAGGUGAAUCCUUUGAAGAGGAAAAGGAUGGAUGCUCCUCCUGAAGGACCCAAGCCCCAGCCUAAGGAGCAGAAAAGGGCGGAAAAGAUGAGGAGAACAGAGACAGAAGAGAACAAUGUGAAGACGAAAAAGAGAGCAAACAUUUUCAGUCGCUACACUCUGGGAAAGCGGCUGGGAGAAGGAGGGUUCGCUUUCGUGUAUGCAGGUGUUCGAAAAUCAGAUAGAAAAAAGGUGGCCCUGAAAUUCAUGUACAGGUCUAGAGUUGACCCAUACAUCACCCUUCCUGGCGACACACGCAGACUCCCUCUUGAGGUGGCACUAAUGGAGCUCGUCUGCAAGCCGCCUCACUGUCCAUGUGUGAUAGAGCUGCUGGAAUGGUUUGAGACGCCCGCAUUCUUCCUCCUGGUUCUGGAGCGGCCCGACCCCUGCGUUGAUCUCCUUGACUACUGUAAAGAUCUGAACAUGUCAGAAUGUACGGCUCGAACGAUCAUGCAGCAAGUACUUUUCGCUGCACUUCACUGCCGUGACCGGGGUGUGAUCCAUCGAGACAUCACAGAAUCAAACAUUCUCCUGAACCCUCAGACGCUUGAUGUGAAGCUGAUUGAUUUCGGCUGUGGUGAUCUGCUUAAGGACACCCGCUUCACGGAAUUUUCAGGCACCCGGCCUUUGUACCCACCUGAAUGGAUCACUGAAGCAGAGUACGAGGCGGAACCUGCCACCGUCUGGGCUCUUGGCAUACUCCUGUACCAACUGCUAUGUAAAGCAAAGCCUUUUUCAGGAGACCAUGAGAUUGUUUAUGGCCACCUGGACUUCCCUGAUGAUCUGUCUGAAGCUUCCUGCAGUCUGAUAAAGUGGUGCCUGCAACGUGACCCUAAAAGACGACCAACCCUUGAGCAGAUCCUUGCACAUCACUGGUUCUGAGGCCAGAAAAAACACCCAGAGUCACCAGGGGGCAGCCAGAAUCUCCUCACAGUGGGAAACACAACAGCAGUAUAACCGGAACUAAGGUUCUGCUACUGUAAGCCAUAUACAAUGAUGUUCUCUAGAAAGUCUAUGCACACAAACAGUUAUAGUUAUGCUAUAUUUAUGAUUUUUAACUGAAGACAUCUCUCUCAUUUUUUUCUACAGAAGUAAAAAAAGGAAGGUUUGGUGGGUGUGGGGUCACAAAUGUAAUGUAACUGUUUUUAGUUCUCUGUGUAGUAAAGGGCCAAAUAUUUAUAUGCUUUAUACAUUAUUUAUAUAUACUAUGCAAGACCUUUUGCAUUGUAAGAGAAAGAGAUGGACAGAAAUUGCAAACGCUCUUCAACAGCCUGGUGAGCAAAAUAUGUUGAUUACAGUAGGAGCUAACGUAGGGUGUGCAGUACACUUUUCAAUGUUCCGUUUUUGUACUUUUUGAGUUUAAAGCAGCCUACACGUCAGGAUACCUGCUCAAUACUUGCUUAAUACAUGCAUAGCAAUUGACAACAAUGCAUUGUCUUUCUUGGAUUUCUCCUUGAAGACAUUAAGACCAAGGCAGUAUCCCUGUGAAGGCAGGUUUCUCGAUUGAUGAAACCAAAUCCUUGUGGGAGUGGCAGCAAACCCUUGAUGCCUAGGUGUAACUGGUUGUAAUCUGCAUUGUGUUUUAUUUUAUCCAAAAAAAAAAUAAAAAUUUGUCGGACAGCAA